AUGGCGAAGCCAUACAGCAACUCGGAAAUGUCCGAACUCGAUCGCGCCGAUUCCACCACAGACAGUCUUCGUAUAUCGACGCGAAAUGACUUCCACUACGGCCAUGCUCCUCUGUCGCGCAUGAGACAAAUCAUUCUGGUCGCCAUCCUUGACGCAUCCAUUGUCAGCACGUCUCUCGUCACAAUCUCGGUCAACCUGUCGGAUUUUGUCAAUUCUCCCUGGGUUGCGCUCUCCUAUCUCCUGGCCUACAUGGGCUUUGCUGUGCUGUUUGCCAAGCUCAGUGACAUCUUUGGCCGCAAGGAAAUGCUCAUAACAGCAUGGACUCUUUUCACGGGUUUCUCACUUGGUUGUGGACUCGCUCCCAACAUGCCAUCGCUAAUUGUAUUUCGAGCUUUUCAGGGCAUCGGCGGCUCUGGUCUGUACAGUCUGGCCCAAACUGGUCUAUUUGAAGUUGGGCCUUCGGACAAGCCCAGUCUUUUGGGGGCUCUCAUCGGAAUGACAUUGGCAAUCUCGUUCGUACUUGGGCCUGUUCUAGGAGGCACCAUUACACAAUUUUCUUCGUGGAGGUGGAUAUUUUUUAUCAACAUCCCAUUUGGCAUUUUGGCACUUGUUGGUCUGCUAUUCGCAUGGCCACGUACCAAUACAAGAAACUUUUCUGGGCUGUGGGAUUCAAUACGCGGGCUGGACGUGUUUGGAAACGUGAUGAUAAUUUCUGCAUCAAGUUUACUCGUCUAUGCUCUACAGCAAGCUGGUGCCUUCAAUUAUGCUUGGGACAGCCCGGCCAUAAUUGCAGCACUCUCUAUCUCCGCUAUCAGCUUGGUCAGUUUCAUCGGCUGGGAGAUAUACCUUGGACGAAAGCGCCACCCGUUUCUCCAACCAGUGCUUCCAAUUCGAAUCAUGACCCAGAGACCCUUUUUGGCAGCCUUGAGUUGCUCGUUCUUUGCUGGAUUCGAAUAUCUGGCCGUCAUAAUCAUUCUACCCGAGCGAUUUCAAAUUGUCAAUGGCGACAGUUCGUUGAUGGCCGGCAUUCACCUUCUACCGCAACUCGGCGCCUGCGCCUUUGGAUCGUUCCUAGCCGGAGCUGUCUCGAAGAAGCGGAAUAAUUCUGCCUUUACACUCAUUGCUGCGUCUUGUCUCCAGUUAAUCGGCUUGAGUCUCCUUUCCACACUCAGCAAUGUGCAUACCGCCAUCGAAGCUCAGUACGGCUACCAAACCAUCUUUGGCCUCGGCAUCGGUUUGUCUUUCGCAUCUGUUACCAUUCUCACAUCAGUGCGUGCUCAUCGAGAGGAUUUGGCCGUUGCACAAGGGGCCUUGGCACAGGCUCGCGUGCUUGGUGGUGCCAUUGGAAUUGCAAUCUGCAUGAUAAUUGUAAACACGACCUUGCAAAACGAACUGGGCGACAUGCUAGGCCCCAGAGACAUGAGCGCUCUCCAACACAACGCACGCACUGCCCAGUUCUUUCCACCUGAUAUUUUGGAGAAAAUCAAAAGCGUGUAUGCUGAAGCAUUUUCUGUCGACAUCAAGAUGAUGAUGGGUCUCUCUGUAUUUGGAUUGGCCACGAGCCUGUGUGCCUUUGAGCGUAACCCGCCGCCCAUGCCCACCCAAGAUUCACACAAAGAGACCGCCAUUGGAGUUCAGCUCGAGCACAGUCAGGUGGAGUUGAAUGAGUUUGCAAGAUCUCAUUAG